AUGAGAACAGCUUUUGCGCUUGGCCGACUAUGCCUUCGCCAAAAGCCCAACCGUCUCAUAGCAUCCAUUGCGCGCCAUGAAAGGCAUUACUCGAUUCUUACACCAUGGCCCGUAUUCCGCAGACCUCCAAAACCGCCAAAAGGCAGGAUACUCAUUUGGAGCUUGCUGUCGCCGGCCGCUUUUGUGGCAUUGAGUGAGGAGGACACUGGAGAUGGCAAGACACCAGAAGAACACAUGCUGGAGGCCUCGAGGGCAGAGAUCGCAAAAGAAAUUCCAGAGGAUGUGCAUGGUCUCCGAAGAGUGUGGAAAGCAAUAUACCUAUUCGUGGACACUUUGAUCGUCGAGCCAAUAGCGACAACUUUCCGGUUCCUGCACCUUGUCAUAAUAUUCGUGCCAGUAAUAGGGACUAUGCCGUUGAUUUGGCUGGGUAGGAGGCAGAAGAACCGCGACAGUGAGCGCUCUGGCACGCUUUGGUGGUACUCCUUCCUGGUCCGGUCAAUGGAGCGGGCGGGUCCAGCUUUUAUCAAGCUUGGUCAAUGGGCAGCUUCAAGAUCAGACAUAUUCCCUCAAGAAAUGUGCAACACCAUGUCGUCUCUCCAUUCCAAUGCUCCAGCGCAUUCCCUGAAGUAUACGAAGCAGUCAAUAAUGAGAGCUUUCGACGGCCGGCCAUUCGAGGAAAUCUUCGACGAGUUUGAAGAGAAGCCCCUCGGAGUUGGAGCGAUAGCACAAGUCUACAAGGCGAAGCUGAAGCCAGAGCUUACGACUCCCGGUGAUACCGAUCUCGAACCGCAGCAACGUAACAUCAGUCAGCGGAUGAGGAAGAACGUAGACAUGUUGGUAAAAUCCACACCACAAAGGACGCCAUCAUCCUACGUUGCAAUCAAAGUGCUCCACCCAAAAGUUGAGAGAAUGGUGCGACGAGAUCUUCGAAUCAUGGGUAUCUUCGCUGCGGUUCUGAACGCAAUUCCAACAAUGGAAUGGCUCUCACUGCCUGACGAGGUAGAACAAUUCGGUGAAAUGAUGCGCUUGCAACUCGAUCUCCGCAUCGAGUCUGCAAAUCUGAUCAUGUUUCGUAAGAAAUUUAAGGAUCGAACUACAGCAUGGUUUCCCUUCCCCUACGCGGAGCACUCAACUCGUCAAGUUUUGGUAGAAGAGUUUGCCCAAGGAAUACCCCUUGCAGCCUUCCUCGAAGAUGGCGGUGGUGUCUUCCAACAAGAAAUAGCAGAUGAAGGUCUCGAUGCGUUCUUGCAUAUGCUGCUAAUAGACAACUUCGUCCAUGCAGAUCUCCACCCAGGCAACAUCAUGGUGCGCUUCUACAAGCCUGAACGAAUAGACCUGUCUCUAGGCCGCCAUAAGCAAUCAGACUCCCCUGCACACUCUACAGAUGUCACGGAAGAAGUCCUCCAACAGCUGCGCCCUCACCGCCACCAUCCCGAAGAAUGGAACGCCGAGCUCAAUAAAAUCGACAAAGAAGGCUACCGUCCGCAGCUCAUCUUCAUCGACACAGGUCUCGUCACAGCUUUAAAUGCCACAAACCGCAAAAACUUCCUUGAUCUUUUCAAAGCCGUUGCUGAAUUCGACGGCUACCGAGCCGGUCACUUGAUGGUAGAGCGAUGUCGGCAACCAGACGCCGUGAUUGACGAAGAGGUGUUCGCGCUGAAAAUGCAGCACUUGGUGCUCGGCGUGAAGAGUAGGACCUUUGCAUUAGGCAACAUCAAGAUCGGCGACGUCCUGAACGAAGUCUUGAGCAUGGUCCGAGGCCACCAUGUGCGCAUGGAAGGCGACUUCGUGAACGUGGUCAUCAGCAUUCUCCUUCUCGAGGGCAUCGGGAGGAGUCUCGAUCCCAACCUCGAUCUGUUCAAGAGCGCUCUCCCGAUCCUCCGCCAACUCGGCGCCCAAGGCGGCGGCACUUCUCUCCUCAAAAGCGUACGCGAGGGCGACACAUCCAUGCUCAAAGUAUGGCUCGGUCUUGAGAUACGAAAGUACCUGCAAGCUUCCGCCGACCAGGUGGAAUCGUGCGUCAAAUACGAUCAACUCAGUCCGAAUAUUUGA